GGGUGUUGUUGCUGCUGCGACUGUUUCUCCUGUCAGUCGGCUGCUGGUUGCUUGCCGAACAGGAGGUAGCACAGAGCAAGGUAGUACAUUGAAGGGACACUGAGGUACAGUCUGGUCAGGUUUUCAUCUUUGUGGCUCAGGCAGCUGUGGACACGCUUGAAGCUAGUGGAUUUUGGUGCUGGACAGAGAUCUGCAAAUCCAUGGAUUAUCAUCAGAGGGAUACUGGAGGCUAAUGUGGCUAACAUUAGCAUGACGGCUAAACCCAGAGAGCUGGACCUGAGGUCUGCAGCUGUCUCCUGUCAGGAUAGUUCAGCCCAGCCCAUGGCCUCCAGGAAGCCACAGGCCAAGCCCUCUGCAUUGCCCCAGGCACCUCCAUGUCCCUCUGGGACAGAGCUCAAGGUGUAUCGGCCUAACUCCGGAUCUAUCCCCAUUCCAAUUCCUAAUUCAUCCAGGCUGCGCAAGCAGCGAUCGCUUGGCAACUUGUGUGUGCUCACUGAUGCUGAGAAGAAGCUGCACCUGUACCAAUCCCCUCGAUGGAAUGAUGAUGCAAGCCGUCCAAGAGCAGGGACAAACAAAGCCGGACAGACCAAGACAGGUCAAGCAGGUGGCGGUAGACCACCUCUGUCUCGGACGCUCUCAAAGUCAGAACAGUCUCUUUUCCAGAGUAAGCCCAAAUCCUUCGGCUCCCCAGCUGUAAAUUCAAACAUGGGUAAGCCGAGUCGAAUCCCGGCUCCUGGCAAGCCACGCGGACCUUACGCUGAGGUCAAGCCUAUCAGUAAGGCCUCUGAAGUGAGUCCUGCAACAGAGUCUGCUGACCAACCUCUUAAAGCUAACUCCAAUGGGGCUGAGAGUGCUGUCAAGAAACCAGAGGAGAACUUUAAAUCUGGAGCUCAGAUAUCAGAGGAAAAGAAGGAGAAGAAGGGGACAGAUGGAGAGAAUGACAAGAGUUUUCUGAAGGUGGACCCAGAGUUAGUUGUGACUGUUUUAGGAGACCUGGAACAGCUUCUCUUCAGUCAAAUGCUGGAUCCAGAGUCUCAAAGGAAAAGGACAGUGCAAAAUGUGCUGGACCUUCGUCAGAACUUGGAGGAAACCAUGACCAGCCUGAGAGGCGUUCAGCUUAGCCACAGCUGUGUCGAGGGGACCAUCAACUAUGACAGCGAUGAAGCCGCUGCCUUCUCAAUCUCCAGUCUCUCCAAUCGCUCCUCUCCUCUGUCGUGGCGCCAUGGCCAAGCAAGCCCCCGUCUGCAGGCUGGUGAUGCCCCAUCCACAGGUAGCGCCCCCUCUGACAUUCCCCUUCGCAUCAGCCACACCUCCCGUAUCCACCUCAUUGAAGACUUGGUGGAAUCAGAUCCGUCCCUUCUGAAGGGAAAUUAUCUCAGUGACAAUGAUCUUGGUGGGAAGAAUCCAAAUGAUGACUACGAAGAUGAUGGCGAUGAUGACGAUGAUGAUAUUGAUGAUCUGGGGAAUGGUUGGGAUGAGAGCAGUUCCAUUAGCAGUGGCCUGAGUGACGGCUCAGACAAUCUGAGCUCUGAAGAGUUCAACACAAGUCCCACUCUCAACUCCCUCCCCACCACUCCCAUUGGCUCACGCAGGAGCUCAGCCAUGGUGAUGCGCACAGAUGCAGAGAAGAGAUCUCUGGUUGAGAGUGGCUUGUCCUGGGACUCUGACGAUAGCAAGCCCCGCCGCAAAAGCCAAGGCAGCAGCAACUUCGAUACGGGAAGCUUGAAGUCUGAGUCGGCCAACAAGUGGAAAGGAGAGAAGGGUGAGCUGAAGAAACCACAGACCCUUGGUCAGGGAAAUGGGUUGAAGAAAGGGAGAAAUCCACCUGUGGGUGUCACGUCCCCGAUCACAUACACCUCUCAGAGUGGUCUGAAAGUGGCAGGUACUGUGAAGUCAGAUGGGAAGCCUAUGGAUAAGUCUCGGUUAGCAGUGAAGGCUUCAGGACUUCAGCGUUCCUCCUCCGACGCGGGUAAAGACCAUCGAAAUAGCACUGGAAGUGGCGAGCAGCGGAAACCCCCCUCUGGUCUGGUCAGGCCUUCAGCUGGUGGAAACUUUGGCUUCAAAAAGCCCCCCAUGUCUACCAGCAGCAGUGCAAACAAUUCCAGCACACCCACUGUUGGGAGUUCAGGCGUCAGCUCUAUACCCACUAGCUCAGUGGCUGCGGGGAAGAUUCCAAAAACAUCUGGUAUUCCUGUUAAGCCAUGUGCAGGUGGUGGAGGACGUAAGACAAGUCUAGAUGUUUCAAACAGUGACCAAAGUGGUUUUAUGUCUUCGAAUGCUCGAACGUCUCUCCAGUACCGCUCCCUGCCUCGUCCAGCGAAGACAAGCACCCUGACUCUAACCCGGCCAAGCUCAGCUCGCCCAGUGAGCACCACCAUGGACACUGGGUCUGGGCUAACCAAGCCUUCAACGACAUCUCCACAGGGCUCUAAGCUCAAGGAGCCCGGCUCAGGACUGGGUUCUGGUAAGACUGGAGGACGUGGAAUUCCCAGUCCCAGUCCUGUCAAUCAAACGGACAGAGAGAAGGAGAAAGAGAGAGCCAAAGCUAAAGCUGUGGUAUCGGACUCUGAGUGUGGAAAUGGACCUUUGAAGGGCAGUCCUGCUCAGACUCCUUCAGAGAAUGGAGGGAAGCUUCACGGGCUGAGACCACCCAGCAGUGUCAAGGGCAUGGAUCUGUCUUCACCCAGCACACAGAGGUUGUCUGGAGUACGCAGUCUGGCAAAGCCUCCAUCCAUGGCCCAACUGGACAAGCUGAACUCCAACAGCCUGGAAGUGGACGUUCAGGAUGCUCUGCCUCCAAAGAUUCCUCCCUACUCUAAGCUCCAAGAACUUUCUAGCUCAAUAGGAAUGUCAACCACCCCCUGUCUGACCCCUAGCCCCGCACCUAUACUCAACGUGAACUCCUCAGCCUGCUUUUCCGGUUCCAGCAUCGGCCUGGGACCUAGGCAGAUCACUUCUCUUGGCGUUGGAGGGAGUGAAAGUAGCACCUCUCCCCUGCUCUACCCUCGUACAGCUGGGCUGCAUCGCAGUUUGGAGUCUUUGCCAUUACAGAUGAGUCUGGCCCCAGAACCUAAAGAGAGAGAUAAAGAGAGGGUGAGAGGCACCUUGGGGCGAGGCACCACCACAUUAGAGUGUCAAGACAGAGAUAAAGAGGUGGACAGAGACCCUCCUUCCAGCUGGAGCUCUGGAAGUAAAAUCUCACUGACUCUCAAAGACAGUCCUCAGAGAGACAGAAACACACUGCCAAAGAAAGGUUUAAGUUUCAGUGGUGCCUCUCAGCCCGAGGAGGAACUGAAAGAGAAAGGAGAGCGGAGACACUCACAUACUGUUCACAGUAUGACUGACUCUCUCACCCUCCCACUGCUGUCCUCACCCACCUCCCUGCCCCGCACCUCUAAGACUAUUAUGGUGCUUAGCCCUGUAGGUGGUCCCCCCAGGAUGAUCCGGUCCAACAGCAUCCCAACACAGGAUGCCUCCAUGGAGCUUUACAAUGCAUCGCCGUUGGGCAGCACGCUGUCACUGGCGGAGCGUCCACGCAGCAUGGGAAUGGUUCGUUCUGGAUCCUUCAGGGACAGAGAGCCCAAUGAUGAAGUUCAUGGGUCUGUUCUCUCCCUUGCCUCAAACGCCUCGUCGAGCUACUCUUCGGUGAGUGUGGGCAGCAUACCGAAUCAGGCUGAGGAAAGGAUUCAAGGAGAGCAAAUCCGCAUGUUGAGGAGAGAGCUGGAGUCAUCGCAGGAGAAGGUUUCUAAUCUGACCACACAGCUUACAGCAAAUGCAAACUUGGUGGCUGCCUUCGAGCAAAGCUUGGCGCUGAUGACAGCUCGGUUGCAGAGUCUGUCGAUAAGCCACGAACAAAAGGACUCAGAGCUGAUGGAGCUGCGUGAUACGAUCGACUCUCUGAAGACCAGGAAUGAAGAAGCACAGGCUGUUAUCCAUGGAGCCUUAAACAACCAAGAUAACAUGAAAGAUCUCCGCAUUCGACGUCAGAACUCGUGUGAGAGCAUCUCCAGUCUGAACAGCUUGACCAGCAUGUCGAGUGUGGGCAGCUUGAAAGAUCAAGACGCAAAGAAGAAAAAAAAGAAGAGCUGGGUGUUUGAGCUGAGGAGCUCCUUCAACAAGGCGUUCAGUAUUAAAAAAGGCUCCAAAACUUACUCGGACAUCGAGGAAAUCGCCACCCCUGACUCCUCAGCUCCCAACUCGCCAAAGAUGGCUCAUGAAGGAGGAGAUGCGGCUGAGAACCUUCCUUCGUUUCUGAAAACUUCAACAUCUGCCACCUCUUCCAUGAUCAUGGAAACGGUAGAAGAGGGAGACAACGGUGAAAGAGCGGUGUCUGAGUUGCGGUCAGAGCUCUGGGAGAAAGAGAGGAAGUUGACAGAUAUCCGACUGGAGGCCUUAAGUUCUGCACAUCAGCUGGAGCAGCUCAGAGAAGCCAUGAACAACAUGCAGUCCACUGUUGACAAUCUAAAGGCAGAGAAUGACCACCUGAAAACAGGAAGUCAGCUCCCUCUCUCCGGACCUGGUCCCACCUCCUCCACUUCUCAGCCAUCGGGCCUGGCUUCUCUUCUGGGGCCCUCAGUGAAUCCGCCGAUUAGCAUGUCCCUCACUAAAUCCUUCAGCCUGAGUCUAAAUGAUUGUAAAGCGCCAGAUGUGUCUUCUUGUGACUUGAUAAGUGUGUCUUCUCAAUAUGAAGAGGUCUGUGUGAAAAUAUUGGUUCGCACUGGAGAUCAAAUGGAGGACAGCAAACAGCUGCAGGAAUUCUACCUGGGCUCAGUGACAAUCAGUCCACGGACUAACUGGACCUCUCUUGACUCCCUCAUUGCUAAGACCUUUCAAGACUACUUGAGUCAGGUGGACCCGACAGGGAGUCUUGGUUUGACCUGCGACUCGCUGCACACGUACCAGCUGAACCAGGGAGUGCAGAGGACGAUAGGAGGGGGCAAGCCCCAGGUUUUGCCCCAUCAAUGCCUUGACAAUGGUCCCAUUCAAAUUUUUGUGACGUUGAAAGGUCUCAAAGAAAAAAGUGUUGACUCGCUGGUGUUUGAGACUAUGAUACCAAAGCCAAUGAUGUUGCACUACAUCAGCCUGCUAAUGAAGCACAGACGCCUGGUUCUGUCUGGACCUAGUGGGACAGGAAAGACAUAUCUGGCCCAGCAUCUGGCCCACUACCUCCUGCAGUGCAGCCAGAUCGACUCCUUGGACAGUGACCAUGAGUCGUGUGUCUUGGGUCGCAGUGCUGCUGUCACCUUCAACAUGCAUCGGCAGUCACAGAAGGAUUUGCAGUUGUAUCUGGCAAAUCUGGCAAAUCAGAUUGACAGAGAGAGCGGAGGAGAGCUGCCAUUGGUUGUUAUCAUAGAUGACAUCAGUGAUUCAGCAGCUAUCACUGAACUUGUAAAUGGAGCCCUCACCUGCAAGUAUCACAAAUGUCCUUACAUUAUUGGAACAACCAAUCAACCUGUGAAGAUGACAUCUAACCAUGGGCUCCACCUUAGCUUCAGGAUGGUUACAUUCUCUAACAAUGUGGAACCGGCCAAUGGGUUCCUGUUGAGGUACCUGCACCGUAAAGCCGUGGAGACAUACCAGGAAGAAGAGCAUGAAUCUCCACGCCGCCAGGCACUUCUACGUGUCCUCGACUGGAUCCCUCAGCUCUGGUACCACCUGCACGCUUUCUUGGAGAAGCACAGCACCUCAGACUUUCUCAUAGGUCCCUGCUUCUUCCUGUCCUGUCCAGUGUCAGUAGCAGAGUUCAGGCAGUGGUUCAUUGACCUGUGGAACCACUCCAUUAUACCGUACCUCCAAGAGGGAGCCAAAGAUGGCAUCAAGGUGCAUGGUCAGAAAGCGGUGUGGGAGGAUCCAGUGGAAUGGGUAAGAGGCACUCUUCCAUGGCCAAAUGCACAACAAGAUCAGGCCAGGCUCUUUCACCUCCCUCCUCCCAGCACUGGGCUGCCCAGUGAGGAGAAGAAGCCCCCCAAAGAUACACCUCCACCUAGCACGCUGGAGUCUGACCCUCUGAUGGCCAUGUUGCUUAAACUCCAGGAGUCCGCCAACUAUAUUGAGUCUCCAGAGCGGGAAGGCUGUCUGGAUCCCAGUCUUCAGACUACACUCUGAGCUGAUGUGAGCUGGGAUCAUAUGAGACUUUAAAGGACUCUACAGAAAAUGUUAUUGCGUGCUCAGUGAGCAACUUCAAAGUUAAUUGAAAAGAGGGGUUAUAAACUAAGGCUUUGCUCUGCCCUGCUUCUGGAAGCCUGGGAAGACAAACUGAUUUCAGAAAGAAAAUGUGUUGAUUGGACAUGAUUCUUCCUCUCGCCUCAGUUUGUCCCAGAUGGGUUUUUGUUUAAUCUGCAAGUGCAUGGUGAAAUGAAAUGUAUGAUGCAAAAUAUGACCUGUAAUCCUAAUCAUUAAGACCCACUUCUUCACUUUUAUUUCUGUUUAAGCGACCAUAUUUUUUUUUUUACACCUACUGGUGCUCACAGGUUUUUGUUGAAGGCAGGCACUUCAUUUCAGCCGAUCGUGUUAUUGGCUCCCCGAUGAGUUGGACCAUCACUGGACAGCAGCCAAAAUGCACUUUAUUUUCUACUUGUGAAAAUGGGAUUUUAGAGAGCUUUGUCAGUGAAUGUGUCGAAAGGGGGGGGGGCGUUUUGGUAUAGCUAAAAACUGCUGUUCAUAUGUAAAUCAUGCAGGUGGCAGCAUCUACCAGGUCCUGUCUCAUUGUUGGUAGACUUUGUCUUUGCAAAGGAUCUCACCAGAUUAUGACAUGUGUGAAAACACUAUAAUGAACAUGGCCUUGAAUGUGUUUUUUGUUUAUUUCAACUUUUAACAACUUUGUUGCUUACUGUAGAUCAGUUUGCCGAGCUGUGAAGCUGUAAGAGGAACAUGCAUGGAUGACUAAUGACAUGAUUCUACAAAGCGUCACUUGCCUCAGUUGACAAAUUUCAUAACCGCAGAAAUAAAACAUGGAUACGAUAACAGCUUGUUGAACAAGUCUACCAUAACUGACUAUGCUUGGGUGCAGUAUGUUUCUGUAUUUAGAUCAUUUUUAAAACACAAAGCUGUGUUACAAAAAAAAAGGUUUUGUAGGAUUUUGUACUUGAUUCACCUUCUCCCAUCUCUUCACCUACUUUAUGAACAGACAUUUAAGCAAAAGAGUUAUUGAAGGCAAGGUACACUGUGUUCAUGACUGUUGGGUUAUUAUUCGUACAUUGUCUUGCGAGGAGAAGUGGAGAACAUCUGUUAAGGAGAAACAAAGAAUAAAUAGUUUCCUUCCUCUUUUUAUUUUCUCUUUAUCCCAUGAGAUAUGAAACUUGAAAGAAAGUCUCUAUUUACGAAUUUAGUUAUGAUAAUUGAAUGAAAAGCUUUUUUUUCAGUUUUUGCACAAAUAUUUGUUAGAAAUUAGUAAGCAACAGUAUUUAUUGGUCAUAUCUUGACUGUUAUGUGAUAAAGGAAGGAGGAGGAGGAGGAGGAGGAGGAAACGGCUGGUAAUGGAGAAUUCUGUUCACCCCACCUCGACCCUGAUGUACCUCAGACUGCCAUAUUCUGUCCAGAUGUUCCUCUGACAAACUUUGAAGGUGUAAAAGUAAAGACAUGAUGCCUAAGUCUAUCUGUGCCUGAAACCCGGUUUGGCCUAAAGUUGCUCUCAAACUGCUUGCUACCACCUGUGGGCCUCGAUUUGGAGGAAUCAUCCUCUUACCUACUCUGAUGUCACUUUAAAGUGAUGAUCUGGUGUCUGGGUGCUGUGUGGCCUAUCGAUUUGGACCUUUGCCCUGGAGAUUAGCUUCUAGUGAACAUGAUACACGUCAGCGUAUGAGAACGUUUACCACAACUGGGAUGUUUGUGUGCAGUUUGACACAGUUUUAAUCUCGACAUUGAGAGACUUGUGGAAAAUGGUGAGAUGUGAGAAUUUUCCUUUCAUUCAUUGGACCCACCAUACUUUAACCACAUCAUAGCAAAGAUUUUUAAUAACUGGAUAUCUUCCUCUUUUUGCAUUUUUUUAAGAACAGAAUUAUUUUUCUUUUUUUUGGUUUGUUAUAGUAUUUGUAAAGUUUUUUCUCUUUUGUACAUGAAUGACAUGAAUAUUGUAAACACUGUACAUAGCCACUGCAUCUGCGACAACAAUCACUGAAGUGAAGAGAGAUCAAAAAGCUUUGCUCAUUGAUGCAGAAAAUGAGCACCCUCUGGUUUUUAUUGUCUUUCUCCUGCAGGAAGGAGCACUUGGAUUAAAAGUGGACUUCAUGAAAUUUCAUGUCUCUAUUAUUACAUCAGAUUCCAUAUGUCUAACUUUAAGCACUGGACAUAAUAAAGUCGUCGCAUUUUCCACACCA